AUUUGUGGAAAAUGGCGGAGCCGGGCACUCUGACACUGCAGAUACCACAUGUGCUGAUAUUGCAAGCACAAGAUGAGGGACCUAACUCAAUCUUGCAUGUAACAGAUAGUAUUGAUAGGAGUGGAGUCGCACAUCAACAAACACAACAAGUUAAACAUGAAAUGGAUGGUAUACAAGAAUUACACACCCUGCAAAACAUUCAGCAUACCCCUGUACAUACCCAGGGACAUACUUCAACCCAGAUACCGAGUGGUACAACACCGACAUAUCCUCUUGAGUCUUACAAACCAAAGGCGGAAACUCUAGAUCAUACAACAACAAAUUCAACCCCUCCAAAGAGUAAUCGCUUAGUAAUUCUUUAUGACCAGCCUAGAUUUUCACACACCAAGCAACAAAUUGAAGACUUACAUAAACAACCAAAUGAAGUUGUAACUGUAGUGGAUCUGCUUCGUGAUCUUGGGUCUAAUGAAACUGUAACGAAGGAAGGCUAUUCUUCUUUAAACAUUUGUGUUGAAUAUAACGAUGAAUUCGAAGCUAAUUUAAAACUCUUGAGUGAUUUCAUCGAAACAAGUGCAUCUAUUAUUAAAAAAAUUCCACAAAUUGCAUAUCAUAUUCAUUUUGACUUUGAUAAAAAUUGGCUGGAUGUUCUGACUUAUGAACGUGACGCAUAUAAACGGUUCCUUCUGGUUCUCAGUACUGCGGCUGCUUCUCAAGUACAUCAAUGUUCCAUCAUAAAUAAAUACGAGCUCAACACGAUCUACCUCACAGACAAGCAGGACCUUGCAAAAUUGGGACAAGAAAUUCAAGAAGAUUGUGCCAAUUGGCCGAAUUUGAAAAUAUGUGAUUAUGGAGAAAAUUUCAUUCGUUUUUUCCCCGGUGUACGAUUUCCAGAUUCAUUGGAAGUGCUAAAUAUUGGAGGUGGAUACUCUCUUGAAACCCUUUCAGGGUUUAAGAUGCCACCACACUUGAAGGUUUUAAUUGCCUCGAAAGGUUCUAUCACCUCAAUCGAUAACGUUGUAUUCCCACCAACUUUGGAAAGACUAGAGUUGGUUGAUAAUAAGAUAUAUUUCUUAAAUUAUGUUCAACUUCCAACCGGCUUGCAAAGUUUGGACGUAUCGCAAAAUAGAAUCGAUAAUCUCAGAGGAGUAAAUUUCCCAAGAUCUUUGAGGUCUUUGUCGUUAGCUAUAAACCCCAUAGAAUGCAUAAAAGGAGUCAAAUUCCCUGAAAGUUUAGAAUAUUUGGAUGUAUCUUAUAUUCCAAAUGAAUCUAUGACCGGGGUUAAAUUUCCUGAUCAUUUACAGAACUUGAAUUUACAACAAUCCAUGACCAAUACAAGAGGAUUAAAGUUACCACCUCAUUUAAUCAGUUUAAACUUAGCUCGAAAUGGGGUAAACAGUAUAAAUCCUCUUAAAUUACCUAAUUCCAUCAAAUAUCUUCAUUUGGGUCAAAAUAAUAUCAAAACCUUAAACAAGGUUCAAUUCCCAUCAUGUUUAAAAGAAUUAUAUCUUGGUGAUAAUCUUGUUACAACAUUGAAAAACAUACAUUUCCCAAUGACCCUCGAAGUUUUGGAUAUGAAUAUGGAUCCAAAUUGGGAAGAACAUGAGAAAUAUUUGACAACUUUAAAAGAUGUUGUAUUCCCACCUAAUUUAAGAGUGUUACGAUUACGUGGUCAUAAGAUAAAAAGUUUAGAAUCGGUGGAAUUCCCAUAUAAUUUAGAAGAACUUAGUCUCGCAUAUAAUGACUUGAAGAUUAUCCGAAAUGUGAGGCUUGGUCGUAACUUGAAGGUAUUGGACUUGGGUGGGAACAAUGAAUUAAUGGGGGUUGAUAUGUUAUUGGUUCCUGAUUCCGUCACUGACCUUUACGUUGCUGAACAUCAAGUUGGAAACUUACCAGGAUAUAUUAUUGAAAGGGCUAACAGAAGACAGUUGACAAUAAGCGUAACUUCCUUCUACUAAAAUAUUUUAAUUAUAUAGUUAGUUUGUAUGUGAUAGAAUGCUUUAUGAACUUUCCUUUGAAAUCAAAUUCCGACUAUUAUCUAUUUAGAUAUUUACGUUGUCCUUUUCGUGUUCACUAAAUGUGUAUUAUAAUUAUACAUAAGUAGAGUCUAGACUACAAUUUGGAAGUGUAUGUGGGUGGUUGAGAGUGUGGUGUAUGAGUUUCAAAGAAU